CAGUGCUCAGUGUCAAAGCACGGAGCGCUUAUCGCAGAACGCGUCAGUGAGAAUUUUUUAUAUACAUGUUGCCUUUCUCCCUGGACUUUCUGCACAGCAUUCACUUUUUGGGUUUUCAGAGUACUGCGGUCUACGAAGAAAACAUGUGCAACACAGAGGAGAGUUGUGCUGUGCUGGGCUCGAGGCAGCGGGCUCCAGGGCCUCUGUGGUGCUCCGAUGCCCCUCUCCCACUAACGAAGAUCCCGGGUGGGCGAGGGACAGGCAGGGAUCUCCCUCAUAGCGUACUGCACAAGGACGAAAAGUUGACGGUGACUCAGGCGGGGUCAGUAAAUGGAGCGCCCCCUGUCCUGCACUUCCAGUACCAGUUGAGCGAGCGACGGUUCUCCUGCUGGGACACGGUUCUGUCGGACGACGCACUUUACUUGGAAAUCCCCACUGGAGCUCUUCAUAAUGGCAGCAGAGAAGGUUUAACCAGGCUGCUGGAGUUUGCAGAGGAGCAGUUGAAAGUCAGCUAUGUGUUCCUAUGGCUUCAAAAAAACAGAGACGAUCGAUUGUCCAUCAUGAAGACCUUCCACUACAUGGGUUUUGAAGUGGUAAAACCGGGUCACCCGCUGGUGCCGGCCCGGCCUGAUCUUCUCUUUAUGGUCUAUUCCAUGGACAGCAGCAGUUCUGAUGAAGAGUGACCAUCAAACUCUCACUCACACUUAAAAUGCCCCCACCCCUCUCCCCUAAUUAUACCUCUGCAUCAGUGACUUUUAAGACAGGGGGAGGGGCAAAGCUGGGCCGACUAACACUCUGAUUGGUUCAGUUUCCAUUAUUAUCCCACCAAUCGGUUCUGAUUGGCCGUUCCAUCAGCAGAAGGUGGGUUGGUGCUAAAGCAGAAAUCCAGCAUAUCCUCUCUGUUAAUUCACACCAUAUAUCAAGCUGUCUAUACUGUUGUGUACACUAUGUAUGGAACAUUCAGAACAGGAUACAGAUUGCAGACAUGGGAGUGAUACUUUUUACAGAAGGGAAUGCAUUUGUAACUGAUUGUAGACUGUUUCCAGUGGCUGAUAAUGGUGAAACAGAAUUUCUUUUGUUUAUUCCAGAUUGGCAGUCUUCUCUGUUCUGGUUUGACUCUUCUUUAGGAGUUUCAACUGAAACUUUCACUAGUUAAUCAUUCAAUGUUCUCAGAGGAAGCGAGCUGAAUAGCUCUCAACUCUUAGUAACGAAGACUCGACUCACUUCAACAGCACAGUUAGCUUUUCAAACACUCAUUAGGAUUUAUGCUAUGUUCCAUUCAACUCAGAACAUUUGAAUUUCUAACUUCCUAUGUAGAAAAGUGCAAUAGAAUGCACUUGAAGUUGAACUUCAAACUUGGAAAAUUCUAUGAAAACUACAAUUUCAGACGCAGGGACAUGGGGAGAUGUGCAGUUAAUACUAAACAUUCACUUUUAAGCCAAUAAAACUUCCAACAGGAAAAGAGUUUCCUCAUUAUAUAAAAUGUUGCAGAACAGAUGUGUAAAACACAGUAAACGAUCCUCACUGUUGAUGAUCACACAUCUGCAUAUUACCAUUACCAUAAAUGGCUUUAAUCUUGCCAUUCAAAGAUAUUAAGUACAAAAAAUAUCUUUCAAUAUCGGAUGGAACGCAGCAUUCUAGCAUAAGUUCAUCAAAACAGUGCAUCAUUCCAGACCCCAACAAAGCACUUGAGUGUAAGUUUAGGUUGAGUUUAGUUGAUUUUUUUCUGAGUCUGGUUGUGAGGUUUGCUUUUCACAAAUUCUUUGAGUAGAAGUUGUUCAAUCAGGCCUGUUGCUUAUAUUCUUUAAAACAAAGCCAGACCUGAAAACUUCUAAAUGCAUGAGCAUGUUUGUGAUGAAAUCAUUCUAGUUUAAAAAAAUCCCGAAGGUUCUCAUUUUUAUUUAGGGAGAUGCAUAGACCAGUGGUCUUCUACAUGAGUCUUACCGUAGUCCAUCACACCUUUUGUCUUCGCCAUCCCAAACCAAACCAACAGGAAACAUGAGAGCAAACCAACCCCACCCUCUGCUCCUCUGGGGCUUUAACACAAGCACUUUCGGAAAACACGAGCAAUUCAGCCCACGGUGCAUCACACAUCCGUUACAGAGAGAUGCACUUUGAGCCGUCAAGAUGUCUUGCAGUGUUUAGUGAACUUGACAUACUUGCCAAAGAUAAUGGUCUCCAUUCAAAGAGAACGCCUCACGUUUCAUUCAGAUAAGAAUGGUGAGCCUACCGUAGCAGCACCUUCAGAUAGCAGGCUUGGUCCUGGCGCAGUCAGGUAUAACAUGCAGAAACAUUCCCUGAAACGGAAGCCUUUGAUUCUUGGUCGUCUCUGUGGAAAUUAGGUGCAAUUAAUUCAGUUCUGUAUACUUCUCAGCAGGGUGGCCUUUAGGUUUUGCAUGUGUAAAUAGAUCUUAUCCUUCCUCAUGGGCUGUGACAAUAAGCUUUUAGAGAAUGUUUUUUGUUCAUCCACUUAAAUGUUAUUUUUAUCUAUAUGAUUUAUUUUGUCUAUACUGAUUGAUUUUUUGUAGUGUAGAAUUUAGAGUAAAUCCAUUUAAUGACAAUCUACACUUGUAUACCUUGAACUUUUUCCUUAUGUCCAAAUAAAAGAAAACUUCAUGA